AUGGAUACCACUGGUCUCGGGAACGACCCGGGCGGAGAAAUUGGCAGUGCGAGUGCUAUGGAAAAGGACGACAUCAAUAUCACGGUCGCGGUGAGGUGCAGGGGCCGCAAUAAGAGGGAGAUUGAGGCGAAGAGCCCCAUAGUGGUGACAGUCCCGGAUGUCACUACGACACCAGAGGUAUCGAUAAAUACGAGUGGCGGGUCCGGUAUUGAGGCGCAACUGCAAGCGAAAACUUACACCGUUGAUAAAGUUUACGGGCCAGACUCCUCGCAGAAAUUGGUGUUUGAAGAUUGCGCUGAACCACUGUUUCACGACUUUAUGAGAGGGUAUAACUGUACCAUGUUAGUGUACGGUAUGACGUCCACUGGGAAAACUUAUACAAUGACUGGUGAUGUGGAGAUGGGAGCAGAGGGCGAUGUCAAUGGACAAGCCGGUAUCGCGCCCAGGAUACUGGUGAAACUAUUCGAAUGCCUUCAGGACGAUUACGUGGUUAAAUGUUCGUUUGUGGAAUUGUACAAUGAGGACCUAAGAGAUUUAUUGUCGGAGGGUCAGGAUGAUUUCUCGAACGGGACGGAAAACAGCAGUAAGCAACCCGAAUCUUUGAACGCUUCCAAGAAAUUAAGAAUAUUUGACUCUAAUAACAGCAGAUCAAAUUCCCCCGUGACAAACACGAAUAAUCCAACGCAUAAAGCUAGGUCAGAUUACUUAAAGAAGAAAUUGAAAUCAAAUAGAAAGAAAAGCCUGGAUGAUAUGUCCCUCAACGCGAAUGCAGGUGGUAAAACGCAUGUACCACCAACACAGACAGGGAUAUACAUCCAGAAUUUGAAAGAUUUCCAUAUAUCCACGGCGAAGGAAGGUUUACAGCUGUUGCAGAGAGGUCUUCAGAGAAGACAGGUAGCUACCACAAAGUUAAACGAUGUCUCAAGUAGAUCGCACACUAUUUUCACUAUUACUCUGUACAAGAAAUUCAAGGACGAUUUGUACAGGUUAUCGAAGAUAAACCUAGUGGAUUUAGCUGGUUCUGAGAAUGUCAAUAAAGCCGGUGCCUUGAAUCUCAGGGCAAAAGAAAGUGGAUCCAUCAACCAAUCCCUGCUGACGCUUGGAAGAGUCAUCAAUUCUUUGGCUGAUAAAAGUGCUCAUAUUCCUUUCAGAGAGUCAAAGUUAACUCGACUCUUACAAGAUUCCUUGGGUGGGAAUACCAAAACAGUACUUAUUGCUACUAUAUCACCCGCAAAAAUUGCAGCAGAGGAGACCUGUAGUACUUUAGAGUACGCAUCUAAGGCAAAGAACAUCAAAAACAAACCACAAUUAGGAUCCUUCAUUAUCAAAGACAUUCUACUGAAAGACGUCUCUCAGGAACUCAUAAAGAUGCGGGCAGAUUUGUGGUGCACGAAAAGCAAAGAGGGUAUAUACGUUUCACAAAAGAAUUACAAAGAGAUGGUCGAUGAUCUGGAUAACUUCAAAACUGAACUAACUGAACUCAAAAGGACCAAUGACUCCCUGGUGCAGGAAAACGAACUACUGGGAAAGGAAAAGAAAAGCGGCGCCGAAAGGGCAGAUUCGUUGAAGUCAGAAUUGGACAAUUUACGCUCACAGCUCAAAUCAGUUACAAAUAAACUCGCCCAGACAAAUACCCAGAAUACCAAAUUAUCAGAGCAAGUAACUGAUAUGAAUCGUAUACAGACAGAACUAAAGUCUUUGAUUGAAGUGUAUCAACAGAAGCACGAAACUAGUAAACACAAAUUCCAGCGUUUACUGAAAGAUGAACUGGCUACCCUAACGGCAAAAAUACUGAGUCAAUGGGACACACUGAAGAAUGUUAACUCUGGGAACUACCAAAUUCACACACACAUAGAUAGCAUACGUGGAGAAGUUAUGAACCUGUUAGAGACAACAAAAGAAAACGCGGAAACACUAUACAAGUCCUGUAUUGAUGACCUAUUGAAGGAGACGCCGAAAAUUUUCCAGCUCAUAAGCGAUAACGUUGGAGAUAUAAGAGGUAUGACCGAGGAACACUACACAGAAAUGGCACGAAAUUUUUCGGAUUUGAGUGAAGAAUUUAACACUUUCAAACAAUACUUGGAUGGUCAAUUCUUUCAAAAUAAUCAUAUUGAAAUGAUUCAAACACACCAAGACAUUGUUGCUAGUAACAUGCAAAAAAUGUCCGAUGAUUUGUUACAAAGUGUUCAAAACAGUAUUCAGAAUUACUUGAGUACUAAUGCACAGAUGGUGACCAACUCGAUAAAUGAUGUCGCAAUGGAUGUCAUAAAUAAGGAGAUGGAUCUUUUUGCACCUAAGAAAAGUAAAUGGGAAGAGUCUAUAGACUUGAUCAACCAGUCUGAUUCGUUGAGUAACAAGUUCAGGAAUAAUAUGACAAAGUCUGUUGAUGAUAUUGCAAGUGUUAUCCGGAACUCCAACGAAUCGAUGGAUCGGUCGAUCUCCACAAUCAAAAAACAUAUCAUUGAAAAUGAUAUAAAUUCACAGGAGCAAAUCAACUCAAAUGAACUACUGACCAACAGCUUUAAAGCUAUACAGGAAAAGAGCAACAAUAUAUUGCAUUUGGUCACAGGCGACCUGACGGUCACUGCACAGGAAUCGAUGGAUGGAAUACAAAACUUAGACAGAUCAAUAAGGACAUUAAUACACGGCGACCAAUAUAUUCACAGCACCAAGGGCGUUCACAUUCCACCGCAAAAUAGAGGACCUGAGCUACAUUCAACACUGAUACCAUUGAAGCCAUCUUCCUCUAAUUUGAACAGACUGUCUGACAGCACCAAAUCAAGUCCGAGAAAGAGAUCGCAAGGGUCUGAAGACGAAACACAUGCAUCGAAGAUUCCUAAAUUAACCCAAUAA